AUAAUAAAGAAGACAAUUAUUGGUAAUUAAAAAUAAAGGAAACAUUUAUUUAUUUUUAAGGUGGUGGGGGGUAAUAGUGUUACCAACAAAUACUAUAUAUUUGUAUUUAAUCUAUAUUUAAAUAAUGUUUUAUCGAUAAUUCACAUCUCAUCAAAAACAAUAAAUCAGUGCAGUCACCCCCGCUAGACGGCGUAGGAUCUCAGGAAAUAUAAUAUUCUUCUGCCCCUGUUGGUCAAUGCAUGCAUGAAUGGGCUCAUAAUGGCUGCUUUCACUAUCGACAAGAGAAGUUCAACAACAGUGGAAAUGAGUUAUAUAUACAAUAUACAGUAUUUGUGUAGGUAAAUAAUCAAAGAAGAAUUAUACGAAACAGAUUUAACUGCAGUUGUAGCCCAUAAAUCCGAUUGCUGUGUUUGUGAAUUAUACUAUUAACAAUUGUGACAUGGACUGUCAACCUCGAGGAAGAGGAAGAAGAGGGCGAGGAAACCGAAAUGAAGAGAGCAGAGAUGUGCGCCUGUCUAAAUCUCUAACUUAUGUAUUACGCCAUGGUGCCACUAAGAUGGGUCUUGAGAUGAACUCGGAUGGCUUUGUGUUUGUGGAGGAACUUCUCGCUCAUCAGCAGUUCCGCUCAUUUUCUUUGGAGGAUGUGAAGCGAGUGGUGGCCACCAAUGACAAACAGCGAUUCAAGCUUUGCAACCACACGGAGGACGGUCGUCUUGUGAUACGAGCCAAUCAGGGUCAUUCAGUGCAAGUUACAGAUCUGGAGUUGAGAAAGGUUGCCCUUGAUGAUCCGGACUAUCCAAAAGAAGCUGUUCAUGGCUCAUACAUGACACACUGGCCCUCUAUACGCAGUCAGGGCCUCAGCAGGAUGAACAGAACUCACAUACACCUGGCACCUGGGCUACCUGGAGAGGGCGGAGUCAUCAGUGGUAUGAGACAGAGUUGUGAUUUGGCUGUGUAUAUUGAUGUUGCCAAAGCUAUGGCAGAUGGGAUUGAGUUCUUCUGGUCCGAGAACGGUGUGUUGUUGACCACCGGAGAUGCUGCUGGGUUUUUAGCACCACGCUAUUUCUCUCGAGUACAAAGUCUUAAACCCUCACCUUGUGAAAUUGAACUACAUUAGCUGUGGAGAAGAUCUCUUUCUGACUAUAAAACCAAAAAUUGGAGACGUUUAGUCGACCUAUCUAAAUAAAAACAACAAAAUGUUUGUUUUUUUGCACAA